AUGUCGAGCUCUCAUGAAUUCUCCCAUGAGCCACCGCUCUUCCUUUUCCGGCCGCAAAGGGGCUCAGUGGGCGAGAAUGGGGGUGACGAGGUUAGAAGCCGGCUGUGGUCGGUGCCGACUCCUGAGGGCCAGUGUCUCGCGGUGAGUGGGGGCCGCGAACGCAGCGCAUUUGGGGCCGAAUGGAAAGAAAGUUUUGGGGGAGGGGAAUGA